UUUCAUUUCCAACGCUCGGGUAUUAUAACCUCUGCGGGUUACGGUAGAGAUUCUUAUGAACCCAACAUAGACUGUAUACACGUUAUCAAGCCGCCAAAAGCUAUAUACAAAAUUGAAAUCGUUGAUUUGCAGAUGGCAGAUUCAGGGGAUUAUAUUCAGAUAAAUGAUGCGCCAAAUGGUCAAGUUCUUGGACACUUUACAGUUUUCGAUGGAUAUCCAAUACUGUUGUUUUCGGAGCAGUUUUACAUAAGAUACAAAACGAACGCAGCUAAAGAAUCAAAAGGGUUUAAUAUAACCUGGUCAGUUGCUACUAUAAAGGAUACACUCACGGUGAAUUGUGAGAAUCGACAAUGGGGAGCCGCUGUGAAUCUGACUUCAUUAAAAUAUUUACAUAAAGAUGCCAUUCGUCCUGAUAAGAUGAUCAUUUCUUUUCAAAACUGCACUGGGAUGAUAUAUGAUGAUUUGGUUCUGUUUCAACAACAUUAUGACGAUUGUGGCUCAAGUAAAACGACAAAUGAUACAUAUGACUUUGUGAUAUACAGAAAUGAAAUUGUUUAUCUUGAUCAUGGGAUUAGAAAAUGGACCGCACCUCUUGAGUGUAAAAAACAACGUACAACAAGGAUAGCUCACUAUCAUUUGUAUCCAAACAAACGAUUUGUUUUAAGUGACGAGAAAAUUCAAGGAUUCAACUUCUCUGUGAACUUUUUCUACGACUGGGUAUCCAGGAUAUCGGAUAAAAAUCCAUAUGCUUUUAAGCAGUUUUACUUCUACGAGAUUACUCUAUUGGAUAAAGACCCUGACUUAACUUUUACAGUAGAAAGGUGUUCAUCAAACCAUCAUAAAAAUGGGAAAAGAUUGUUCCGAAAUUUAAUUAAUAAUGCGCGAGCAGUCAGUAAUGACGUUUCACUGACGAAACUAUCUAGAGAAAGAGCCCUGGUCGGUAUUAGCAUAAAGGAGGAUUUGGCCACUGAGUUUUCUUGUGAUGUUAAAAUUAUUCUAUUAUAGCACGAAAAUCACAUAAAAAUAUCACGAACAAA